UCUUCUCCACCAUCUCAAAAUCAUACGAGCGUAGUACGCUUCUUGUUGUUUGAAAAUGGGAGAAUUUCCCCAAAAGGCAAGCUUCCACUCGAGAAUAACUAUAUUUUCUCCACGAGUGCAUUCGCCAGCAUGUUCUGCCAACAAGUGUAAGAUACAGACCUCCAAUCAACUGCCCAUUAGGAUGGAAAAUAGCUGAGCAAUGUGGAAGAAAAAUGGUCCAUCUAAUGAUAACGGACGCACAUUACAGGAUCCGCAAAUACCAACAUGUCAUAGAGGACCAAAAGAGGAAGCUACAACAGACACUCACACCAGAACACUUCGAAACCUUGUCAACAGCCAUCGAAACAUUAUGCAAACGACACAGAGAAAAAAGAAGAAACAUCCUUAAAAAGAAAAUAAUCAAAAUCUCAAAACCAACUAUAGAAGAAAACACAAACAACAGCGUGGUCAACCUAUCAAAGCAACCACUAACAAACACAGAAGAACAGCUACUCCGAAAAGGAUUAAAUUACAAUACAAGCGAUGCCCCAAAACUAGCAUUCUACGCAGCACUAGAGUCAUCACUCAAAACUUCCGGAAUAAGUGAGGAAACGCAACAUGAAAUAAGACAAUCUAUAAUACCACUAACUCAACGGAUGAAGGGCAACAACCAACUGACGUCACAAGAACAAACAGCUUUGAAAAAACUCAGAACCAGAAAAGAUAUUGUCAUCGUUCCAGCAGACAAAGGACGCACUACGGUGAUUAUGGACAAGGAAGAAUACAUCAAGAAAGCCGAGGAAAUACUCGAGGACAAAAGUACAUACAAACCAAUGGACAUAAAUCCAGUCAAAAAACUAGACAAUCGCAUUUCAAAAACUUUAAACAAACUCGUCAAAGCAGGAGAAAUAACGAAGCAAGAUCAAUGGAGAAUGAAAUCUAAUGAACCAGUACUCCCUCGGUUCUACGGCAGACCAAAGAUACACAAACCAAACAUCCCACUACGUCCAAUUGUAGCACUACCAGGAACACCAACGUACAAUUUAUCAAGAGAAAUCUCAAGAAUACUGAAACAUUUAGUAGAUUCGUCGAACCACUCCAUCAAAUCAGCCACACAAUUCCUUGAUCAGAUUAGGAACAUUCAAAUCAACGACGACGAACUAAUGAUAUCCUUCGAUGUAACAGCACUAUUCACUUCAAUUGAACCAAACCUAGCAAAAGAAACUCUGUCCUUGCUCCUAACCAACGACGAAAACCUUUAUAUAUAUUUAAAAAGUAUUCAUUUCUUAAUGAACAUAGUGGAGAGCAUCUAUUCUCUUCAUUUGAUAUAUUGCUAAGCAUCUACAUAGAAAGUAAAACAGUAUCAAAAUUUUCUUAAAACCAGACACAAGGUGAUUAGAAUAAAUCCAUUAGGCACAAUUAGUGAAUAAAACGUUUUUACUCUCUUGAAACCGGCGAAGACUUUAGCAAUUGAAGGAAUAAAAUGUGAAAUUUUUGCUGUAAAAGAUUCAAACCUAAAAAGUUCUUUAUCAAAUAUAUCAAUGACUUACACUUAUUCUAUAUUUAACUAGUGUCACUGAGUUGUAGGAGUUUAUUUGUAAGCUACAAAAAGCAGACAAACUUAUCAAGACCCGCUAUCACAUUGUAGACACGAUAAUCCACUAAAUCACGUUCUGUUUACAUUUGGAUGGAUUACACUUAAAAUUACCACGUUUCACAGUGUACACACUUUAUCCAAACUGUUUAACUUACAGUAAUUUUAUGGUUCAACAUUUUCAUAAACUUAGAAUUUCAACUAGAAGCAAUUUUUUUAAUAGUGAAAACAGAAAUAUACAGAACUUUGAUGAUUUCAACAAAAAUCUGUUACUUUCAUCAAAAUGAUAU